AUGGCUGUUGUAUCCUUGCAUAACCAGGCGCCAUACAGGCGAACCUACAGUAGCCGGGAGAGACUGAACGAUGCGGCCGAAAGAAGCGAGCUCUGGCUCCAUCCGGGCGACCGGAACUUCCACGGCUCCGGCAGCAACCCGAACCUCGCCCGGCUGGCGAAACCGGUGGCGCCCCGGCGACGGUGCGUGACCUUGGACGGGGAGCUGCUGCCCAUCCAGCACACGUGCCAGCUGAGCACGUGCGACCGGAUCACCAUCAACGUGAGCGGGAAAUAUUUCGAGACGUGGCGCAAGACGUUAGAGGACCACCCCAACACCCUCCUCGGAGACCCGGACAGGCGGAUCAAGUACUACGACAAGCAUAAAGACGAGUACUUCUUCGACCGGCAUCGACCGACUUUCGACGCUAUAUUCGAAUAUUAUUUAUACGGCGGCGGGUUGAAACGACCGCCGCCCGUCCCGGACGAUAUAUUUCUUUCUGAACUCGACUUCUUCGAGAUUGAACGUCCGGUUAUCGAGAAAUACAGAAGAGGGGAGGGUUACAUCACGGAGAACGUGGUUCUUCCAGAACGAGGUUGGAAGAGGAAAGUCUGGAUGCUGAUGGAGUACCCAGAAACCUCGCUGUACGCCUACAUCAUCGCCAUCAUUUCUGUUCUAAUCACUACAGCUUCCAUUGCUCUGUUCUGUGUGGAGACCCUCCCCGGGCUCAGCUCCGAGCACUGCGUCCAAAACCAGGACCCCAACUGGGGGGAUGCUUUUUUUCUCGUGGAGACCGUUUGUUCGGCGUGGUUCACCUUCGAGGUCAUCGUCCGGCUCAUCUCCUGCCCGAGUAAAAUUGCCUUUUUCAAAGAUUUUAAAAACUUAGUCGACGUCACGGCCGUGAUCCCGUACUACGUCGGGCUUUUCAACAUCCUCUCCACCAUGUCCUGCGACAGCGCUAAAUCCUCGGCGUCGUUAGCGUUCCUGCGGGUGUUUCGUUUAGUGCGGAUAUUCAAGCUAACGAAACACUCGGCCGGGCUUCAGGUUCUGAUUCUGACAUUCAAAGCCAGCGUGGAAGGCCUGUGUUUGUUCUUAGUGGCCCUCACCGUCUGCAUACUCGUAUUCUCCAGCGCCGUCUACUUCGCGGAAAUGGGGAUCCCUGGGUCCCAAAUCAAGAGCAUCCCAGACGGGUUCUGGUGGGCCAUCAUCACGAUGUGCACGGUGGGGUACGGUGACGUGGCUCCCGUGGGCCCCAUGGGAAAACUCAUCGGCUCCAUGUGCGCGGUGGCCGGGGUUCUGACUUUGGCCAUACCGGUCCCCAUCAUCACGGAGAAUUUUAAUAAGUUUUACUCGCACAAGACAGGCAGAGGACGAAUAUGAUACCGCAG